CUGCUCCCCGCUGGUGUGGCUCACCGCCUAGAAGUCCGGCGCUGACGGACGAGUCCGCUCACUUGCGGUCGGUUGAGCUUCCCAUCGCCUCGGGCUUCAACGAAGCGUUUGCUGUUUAGAGGAGACGAUUAAUGGUGGUGACGCCGUGACGGUGAUCGUAUCCUCCUAAAAGAGAGAGAAACUCUUGUCCGUAUUCGUGUGAACUGACUGACGCACUCAACAGCCACAUUCCAUGUUUCGCCUUCCAUAUUUUAUAAUUUACCAUUUGCUCUCCUCUUCCAGUUGCUUUUAUUGGUUUUCUUGCUCGACUUGCCUUUCUUCUUCUUCUUUUCAGACAGCUCUGUUUUGCUGCAGUAGAGUGGCAGUGGUUCCUUCUCGGUCCUCGAGAGAAUAAAUCUCGCGUUGCCGUCCUUCCACCAUCUACGUUCGGUUGGUGGAUUUGCUGCGGGAGGCGUCGGAGCGAGGAGACUGGUUGAUUCCAUGGAGAAGAAACACGGGUUCUUCUCUACGCUCGAGGAAGUGGUGCGGGGGCUGUCGCCGGCGCGGCUGAGGACAAAGAACCCCGCGGCGAAGAGCGAAUCUUCUUCGGGAGCAAUUAUGAUCAACCCGCGGCGGCGGAAGGGGCAGGGCAGAGAGAGGCAGCCUCACCAGCCGUUGGAUCAGGAUCUGGCGGAGGCACCGAUGAUGGGGAGAUCGUCGAGCUUUCGGCCCGUAGGGGAGGCGCUGUCGCCGCUUCUGGAGGGCCCUGACGGUGACGCGCCGGAGGAGGUUGGAAGUCAGAGGAGGGAAGGGUGGGGCCACUGGGUUCGCGGCCAGCUCUCGCGGACGCCUUCCGUCACGUCCUCUUCGGCUGCCGCCACCGGUUGUUCGUUUGGCACUUCAGACCUUCGGCUCUUGCUCGGAGUUAUGGGGGCGCCGCUCGCUCCCCUUCACGUCAGUACCGUCGAUCCUCUCCCACUUCUCAGCAUUAAAGACACUCCCAUUGAAACUUCAUCGGCUCAGUACAUACUGCAGCAGUAUACAGCCGCAUCGGGUGGUCUCAAGCUGCAAAGCUCUAUCCGCAACGCCUACGCGAUGGGAAAAGUGAGGAUGCUGGCGUCAGAGUUCGAGACGCCAACCAAAGUGGUGAAGAACCGCGGUGGCGCAAACGCUGCGGAGUCCGGCAGCUUUGUUCUCUGGCAAAUGACCCCGGACAUGUGGUACGUCGAGCUCGCCGUCGGCGGGAGCAAGGUCCACGCCGGCUGCAACGGUAAGAUCGUUUGGCGGCACACUCCCUGGCUCGGUGCGCACGCUGCGAAGGGCCCUGUUCGCCCACUCCGCCGCGCCCUCCAGGGCCUUGAUCCUUUAACCACGGCGAGCAUGUUUGCAAGUGCACGUUGCAUCGGGGAGAAAAAGAUCAACGGGGAGGAAUGCUUCAUACUUAAGCUCUCCGCCGACCCGCAAACGCUCAAGGCCCGAAGCGAAGGCCCUGCGGAGAUCAUCCGGCACGUCCUAUUCGGCUACUUCAGCCAGCGGACAGGGCUCCUGGUCCACUUGGAAGACUCCCAUCUCACUCGCAUCCAACCCAACGCCGGCGGUGACGCCGUCUACUGGGAGACCACAAUCAACUCUUUCCUCGAGGACUACCGCCCCGUCGAGGGUGUAAUGAUCGCCCAUUCCGGGCGCUCCGUGGUGACUCUGUUCAGGUUCGGUGAGGAGGCGAUGAGCCACACCAAGACGAGGAUGGAGGAGGUCUGGACGAUCGAAGAGGUAUCGUUCAACGUGCCAGGCCUCUCUGUCGAUUGUUUCAUCCCCCCUGCCGAGAUAAGGCGCCACUCCAUCAGCGGCGCCUGCGACCAGCCUCAGGCAGAAAGGAUCAGGAGCAGAAGCAGCAUCGGAAGCCGGUCGAGAGUCGCCGCCAUACCCGCGGAGAAGCUGCAGGAUCCGAGCGACAACAAAAUCGUUUUUAGAAUCGAAGUGCCGCAGCGUCAUGCCCUUAAACAAGGAUCUGAUCGCUUUGUUAAUAUGGCCGGCUAAGUAAUUGACCACCGGAAAUGGAUCACUGCAGUUCUAGACAGUAAUUUCAUCUUUGUGUUGCUUCCUCUGUACAUAAGAGCAUAAUUUUUCUCAGGUCUUAAUUGUCAAAAAGCCGGGCUGAAUUUUUGUACUCUGAAUGCAGAAGGAUAAAGCAUUACCUAAAGAUUUAAAUGUGUAGUUGGGAACAGACGUUUUCCCUUCGGCCUCUGCUGCAUUCCACUAUUAUCUGUAUUUGAAUGAAACAAUUCCUGGCACUACUAUCUGUACUUUUUCUCCAAGAUCUCAAACAAUUCACAAUGCGACGAUCUUAGCUGUACAUUUUGUUGCCUUCUCUCCAGAUCUUGUGGGGGUGCUGAAAUCAUCUUGAUCUUGUCCUCUUCUGCUGCAGCUUUAUCUUUUUUAUCUUGUUUCGUGACAGCGUCUGAAGCUUGGUGAUCCACAAAGUAAUUAAACACAGCUCGUGCUCAGGUGCAAGUGAGGCAGGGGUUGUUGCCUUGGCCCGAAGCAAGGCAUCAAGACGCAAGUGGCCUCGGGGUCUGAAGGCCACCAUGUGCUUCUCCUACCUCAUUCGAAUACCUAGCUCUGGAGCACAUUUAUUUUAGUGAUAUGUGAGACGUGAUAUUUUACUGAAAUCUGCAAAGUCUUACCUAACACAUUAGUUAAGACGUGCAUGCUCCUUUGUUAGUAAUAUUGAGAAGCUUCCAGCUUCCUUAUGUGGAUGCUCUUCUUCAA